AUGCCGUCCCCGACCCAGGUGGCGCGGGAGAAGCUGCGCAAGUAUGUCUUCGACCUCGUGAACGUGCACAACGUGCUCAUCCACCUGGCGCGGCAGCGGGGGCAGAAGCUGGAGACCGUGCAGCUGGAGUUGUCCACCUUGAGGCAGCCUGACGCCACCAAGGAGUUGCGCGUGCUCCAGGUGGAAGGCGGGGCGGGGCUCUGUCAAGGGGCAGGGUUUCCGAUGACAGGUGGGACGUUUGGAGGGGCGGGGUCAGAUGAAAGACCACACACACACACACACACCCUCCCACCCUCCUAG